AUGGAGAGCCCCAGUCGUGUGUAUCUCUUCGGAGAUCAGACUGCCGACUUCGACUCGGGCCUUCGCCGUCUCCUCCAAGCCAAGAAUGACACUCUUGUCAUUUCUUUCUUUCAAAAGUGCCACCAUGCGAUACGCAAAGAGAUCAGCGCCUUGGCACCCUCUCAGCGACAAGUCUUCCCGCGUUUUACCAGCCUCGUCGAUUUGUUGGCGCGUUAUCGUGAAUUUGGUCCCAACCCAGCUUUGGAGGGGGCCCUGACUACGAUUUACCAAUUGGGCUGCUUCAUCCACUACCAUGGCGACCUGGGCCACGAAUAUCCCUCCAAGUCCAACAGUAUCAUUCUUGGCAUUUGCACAGGUCAGCUGGCCUCGGCCGCUGUGAGUUCCUCCAAAACGGUGGGAGAAUUAAUUCCAGUUGCUGUUGAAACAGCUGUCUUGGCUCUGAGACUGGGGUCGUGCGUCAUCAAAGUCCGUGAAUUGGUGGAGGAGAACAAUGCCUCCCAAAGCUGGUCUGUUCUUACUUCAGGAAUUCGCCAAGAAGAUGCCGACCAGCUUAUCAACGAGUUCAGCUCGGCCAACAGUUUGCCAACUGCUUCUAAGCCUUGGAUCAGCGCUGUGAGUCCAAACAGCCUAACUAUCAGCGCAGCACCGAGUGUGCUCGCCAAGUUUAUUGAGACGUCUUUGCCCAAGGAGUCUAAGCCAUCAAGAGCCCCAAUCCACGGUCCGUACCACGCGCCGCAUCUCUAUGAUGCUAGAGACGUUGAGCGAAUCAUGGAGUCAUGGCCGGCGGACAAGUUUUCGAAAUAUACGCCCCAGAUUCCUCUAUUAUCCUGCGAGACUGGGGAUCACCUUGUCGCAGACACAUUGACAGAUGCUCUGAAACAGUCCCUGAGACAAAUCAUCAUGCGCCAACUCUGCUGGGACAAAGUUAUCGACUCCUGUGCAAAGAUACUCAAACAAGUGACUUCCGAAUGUGUUUUGUGCCCGGUCUCCAGCACUGCGACGCAAAGUCUGUACAACUCACUGAAGAAGGCUGGCAUUGUCAACCUUGAAGUUGUGGGCAAUAUCGGCGAUGUGAAGAAGGACACCGAGAGAGUGAACAGCAGUGGCCGUUCCGACCAGUCAAAGAUUGCCAUCAUCGGUUUGUCCGGUCGCUUCCCUGAGGCCCAGGAUACGGAAGCAUUCUGGGAUUUGUUGUAUAAGGGACUCGACGUCCAUCGUGAAGUACCCCCUGACCGUUGGGAUGUGGAGGCUCACGUCGACAUGGAGGGCAACAAAAGGAAUACCAGCAAAGUCCAAUAUGGUUGCUGGAUCCGAGAACCUGGUCUGUUUGACCCUCGGUUCUUCAAUAUGUCACCUCGAGAGGCUCUUCAAGCCGAUCCCGCUCAGCGUCUUGCCCUUCUCACUGCCUACGAAGCUUUUGAGAUGGCAGGUUUCAUUCCCGACAGCACUCCCUCUACCCAGAAGAAUAGAGUCGGCGUCUUCUAUGGAAUGACAAGUGAUGACUACCGUGAGAUCAACAGUGGGCAGGAUAUCGACACCUACUUCAUUCCCGGCGGAAACCGAGCUUUCACUCCCGGCCGGAUCAACUAUUACUUCAAGUUCAGUGGCCCCAGCGUAAGUGUCGACACCGCUUGCUCCUCCAGUCUUGCUGCAAUUCAUGUCGCCUGCAACUCGCUCUGGCGGAAUGAAUGCGACUCUGCCGUUGCCGGUGGUGUGAACAUUCUUACCAAUCCCGACAACCACGCCGGUCUUGACCGCGGUCACUUCCUUUCCCGCACAGGAAAUUGCACUACCUUCGACGAUGGCGCUGACGGCUACUGCCGGGCCGAUGGCAUUGGGUCUGUUGUAUUGAAGAGAUUGGAGGAUGCCCAAGCUGACAAUGAUCCUAUCUAUGGUGUCAUUGCUGGUGCAUACACGAAUCACUCGGCGGAGGCUGUGUCCAUUACUAGACCUCAUGCUGGCGCCCAGGCAUUCAUUUUCGAUAAGCUUCUCAACGAAAAUGACUAUGACCCGAAAGAGGUCAGCUAUAUUGAAAUGCACGGCACGGGGACGCAGGCCGGUGAUGCUGUGGAAAUGACCUCGGUCCUCGAUGUCUUUGCCCCUGACUAUCGCCGUGGACCCAGUCAAUCACUUCACCUUGGUUCUGCCAAGUCCAACAUUGGUCACGGAGAGUCUGCUUCCGGGGUCUGUGCCUUGUUGAAGGUGUUGAUGAUGAUGCGCAAGAACACCAUUCCUCCCCACUGUGGUAUCAAGACGAAAAUCAACCACAACUUCCCAACCGAUCUCGCACAGCGCAACGUCCACAUUGCCCUCAAGCCAACUCCAUGGAAUCGACCCGAAGGUGGCAAGCGCAAGACCUUCGUCAACAACUUUUCGGCAGCUGGCGGAAACACCGCUCUUCUCAUGGAAGACGGCCCCCUGCAUCAAAGGACCGGAACUGACCCUCGAACCUUCCACACUAUCGCAGUCUCUGCGCGCUCCCAAUCAGCUUUGAAAAACAACAUCAGCGCGCUUGUGCAGUACAUUGACAAGAAGAAAGGCAUGUUCAACUUGAACGAGUCCAGUCUUCUCGGCGACUUGGCUUACACUACCACUGCGCGACGUAUUCAUCACAACUUCCGUGUCACUGCCACGGGAGCAUCACUGGAGGAGAUUCGAGACUCGUUGAACUCAAGCGCAAACCGCGAGACGCUUUCGCCUGUCCCCUCAGUGGCCCCAGGCAUUGGAUUUAUUUUCACUGGACAAGGUGCGCAGUACGCUGGAAUGGGCAAAGACCUCUUCCACCACAACAAGCAGUUCCGCGACAAUGUUGAGCACCUGGAUCGUAUUGCUCUAAGCCACGGCUUCCCAUCUAUCAUGCCUCUCAUUGAUGGGAGUGUUCCAGUUGAAGAGCUUAAUCCUGUCGUUACGCAACUAGGCACUACAUGCUUGCAGAUGGCUCUCACCAAGCUUUGGAUUUCUCUUGGCGUGACACCAUCCUUUGUCCUCGGCCACAGCUUAGGCGAAUAUGCUGCACUCAACGCCGCCGGGAUUCUCACUAAUAGUGACACAAUUUUCCUUGCUGGUCGCCGUGCUCAGUUGCUUACGGAACAAUGCAAAGUGGGAACUCAUGCCAUGCUGGCUGUCAAGUCGUCUGUCGCCCAAGUCAAGCAGUUCCUUGAUGAUGGAGCUGCUGAGAUCGCUUGCAUAAAUGCACCUAGCGAAACUGUCAUUAGUGGCGCGGUUGGCAAGAUCGAGCAACUCGCAGAGAAACUCACGAAUGAAGGCUUCAAAGCUACCAAGCUGAAAGUUCCUUUCGCCUUCCAUUCCGCCCAGGUGGAGCCCAUACUUGAGAGCCUCGCAGAGAUUGCCCAGGGCGUGAUUUUCCGCAAGCCCACCAUUCCCUAUGUGUCAGCCUUGUUGGGUAAUGUGAUUGACGAAUCAAAUGCUCACAUGCUCGAGGCGAGCUACCUGACUCGCCACUGCCGGGAGACAGUCAAUUUCCUCGGCGCUCUUGAAGCAACACGCCAUGCGAGCCUCAUGAACGACAAGUCCCUUUGGGUUGAGAUUGGAUCUCACCCUGUGUGCUCUGGUAUGGUGAAAUCAACUUUCGGGCCCCAGGCAGCCACCAUUCCCUCCCUUCGUCGGCAGGAGGACACUUGGAAGGUCUUUUCAAACAGCCUAUCGGCGCUCUACACGUCGGGCAUUGAGUUGCAGUGGAAGGAGUAUCACCAAGACUUCAGCACUACGCAUGAGGUCCUUGACUUGCCUUCGUACAAGUGGGAUCUCAAGAAUUACUGGAUCCCGUACAGAAACAAUUUCUGUCUCACCAAGGGCGCACCCGUUGAAUCAAAGGCCGAGGUCGCACCAAUGACAACCUUCAUUUCCACUGCGGCUCAGAGAGUCCUCGAGACUACCUCUGACGCUAAUUCCGCUAGCGUCUUGAUUGAGAACGACAUUGCUGAUCCUGAAUUAAACCGUGUGAUUCAGGGACACAAGGUCAACGGGGCUGCCCUCUGCCCGUCGUCCCUCUACGCGGACAUCGCGCAGACAUUGGCAGAGUUCUUGGUUGAUAAAUACAAGCCUGAGUGGAAGGACCGUGGCUUUGACGUUUGUGAUGUGGUUGUUCCUAAGCCAUUGAUUGCGAAAGGUGGGAAGCAACUUUUCCGGGUCUCUGCUACCGCGACCUGGGCAGAAGAGAGUGCCAAGAUGCAGAUUUGGUCCGUCACCCCUGAGGGUAAGAAAAUUCUCGACCACGCCAGCUGCACCAUCAAAUUCUUCGACACCGCUGCAGCUGCAACUGAAUGGAAACGCAGUGCCUAUCUCAUCAAGAGAAGCAUUGAACACCUCAAGCAGAGCACAGAAAGUGGACAAGCCCACCGGAUGAAGCGUGGAAUGGUUUACAAGCUCUUCAGCACUUUGGUUGAGUAUGAUGAGAACUACAAAUCCAUUCAGGAAGUCAUUCUUGAUAGCGAGCAACACGAGGCCACUGCCUUGGUCAAGCUCCAAGCCUCCCCUGGAAACUUCCACCGCAACCCGUUCUGGAUCGACAGCUUUGGUCAUCUUUCUGGUUUCAUCAUGAACGCAAGCGACGCCACAGAUUCCAAGAACACGGUUUACGUCAAUCACGGAUGGGAAUCCAUGCGGUGCUUGAAAAAGUUUGAUCCCAAUGUCACAUACCGCACUUAUGUUCGCAUGCAGCCUUGGCAAAAUGCGAUCUUCGCCGGUGAUGUCUACGUCUUCGACGGUGAUGACAUUGUCGCCGUAUACGGCGGUGUACAGUUCCAAGCUUUGUCUCGAAAGAUCCUGGAUACUGCUUUGCCUCCAGCAGGUGGCUCUGCUGCUAAGCCUGUCUCUGCUGCCGCUGCGAAGGCUCGCCCUGCUCCAAUUGAUGUGAAGAAGUCUCGCGCCCCUGAGGCAAAGAAUCUUCAGAAGUCUUCGCCCAAGUCGGCUGGAUCAAGCAUAAUCUCGAAAGCUCUCAACAUUCUCGCCGAGGAGGUUGGACUGUCCACCUCUGAGAUGACGGAUGACUUAAACUUUGCAGACUACGGAGUCGACUCGUUACUCUCGCUCACAGUCACAGGCCGUUAUCGUGAAGAAAUUGGCCUGGACCUGGAUUCAAGUGUCUUCGUUGACCAACCAACUAUAAAAGAUUUCAAGCAAAUGCUGGCUCGGAUAGGCCCGGCUGACAGCAGCAGUGAUGGAUCGAUCAGUGAUGCUGGCAUCUCCUCUUCGGAUUCUUCCACUGAUAUCUCGACCCCAAACUCAAGCGGUCUGCCAACCCCUUCGAACGAAAAGACUGUGACUCUUGAACAGAACGAUACCAUGAAGGAAAUCCGCGCCAUUCUUGCUGAAGAGAUUGGGGUAGAGCCCGAGGAGCUCCGAGGCGAUGCCAAUCUCGGGGAGAUGGGUCUGGAUUCAUUGAUGUCACUCACAGUCCUGGGCAAAAUUCGCGAGACUCUCGACAUGGAGCUCUCUGGGGAAUUCUUCAUCGAGAAUCAAACUCUUGAUGAGGUUGAGAUUGCCUUGGACCUGAAGCCAAAGUCCCCCACACCCCAAAUGCUCAAGCUGCCAGAGCAGAUUGAUAUGAUUGCUGCAGCACCUUCUCGAACUCUGAUCCAACAUCCCCCUGCCACAUCAAUUCUACUCCAGGGUAACCCAAAGACUGCGACCCAGAAGUUGUUCCUUUUCCCUGAUGGAUCUGGCUCUGCAACUUCCUAUGCCACGAUCCCGGGUAUCUCCCCGGACGUCUGUGUUUAUGGCUUGAAUUGUCCUUACAUGCGCACGCCCGAGAAGCUCAACUUCCCCCUUCAAGAGCUCACAUUCCCCUAUGUUGCAGAAAUCAGACGCCGACAGCCAACCGGACCUUACAAUUUCGGUGGAUGGUCCGCUGGUGGUAUCUGUGCCUAUGAUGCUGCUCGACACCUCAUCUUCGAGGAAGGCGAGCGUGUUGAGCGCCUGCUUCUUCUCGACUCUCCAUUCCCAAUCGGUCUUGAGAAGCUACCCCGUCGCCUUUACAGAUUCUUCGACUCCAUCGGCCUCUUUGGCGAAGGCAAAGCCCCUCCUCCCAAGUGGUUGCUUCCCCACUUCCUUGCCUUUAUCGACUCACUGGACGCCUACAAAGCUUCUCCCUUCCCCUUCAAUGACGAGAAGCAGGCAGAGAAGAUUCCCAAGACCUUCAUGGUGUGGGCGAAGGAUGGAGUGUGCAACAAGCCCAGUGAUCCUCGCCCAGAGCCCGCAGAGGAUGGAAGCCCUGACCCUCGCGAGAUGCAGUGGCUAUUGAACAACCGAACCGACCUUGGGCCCAAUGGCUGGGACACCCUUGUUGGACCCAAGAAUGUUGGAGGCAUCACAGUCAUGGAAGAAGCCAACCACUUCACAAUGACCCAGGGUGCGAAGGCCAAGGAAUUGGCAGCGUUCAUUGCUAGUGCCAUGAGCUCCUGUUGA